CAGCUGUCGUGUUUUGGAUCCAUAGAGCGUCUCCCGUCCCGUCAUGUUCCCUACUGCCUCCGCCUCCCCGCGGACCCCGGGCCCUGGGGUCCGCAGGGGCCCCCUGGGGGGAGCCACGCCAGUCUCCACGCCCCGCCCGGCGGGCAGGAAGGGCCUGACCCUGGGGUCAGCCGUGGGCUCUCCCGGGCUGUUCUCGCCCGUUAGCCGCCGGAGCUCCCUGAGCGCGCGUGGAACACCCACGAGAAUGGUACAGCACCAGUCUGUCAGUGAGACUGUCAACUAUGAUGUGAAAACUUUUGGAUCUUCUCUUCCUGUUAAAGUUAUGGAAGCUUUAGCACUGGCUGAAGCUGAUGAUCAGUUGACUGUCCAUAUAGAUGAAAGUGGAUGGGCAUGGCUGGUUUUCAAAGAAAGACUCAUUAUUUGGAGGAUUGGUCAGUCGCCAGUCACUAAGUUAUCGGUUUGCAAAGAACUUCAGCUACCACCCAGUGAUUUCCCGUGGAGUGCUGAUUUGGUAGCCCUCUCCCACCCUGCAACCUGUAAAGUCCAUUCUAUUCAGUCUGUGGCAGUAAUGGUUGCCACCAGAGAAGGAUCUGUUCGAUAUUGGCCCAGCCUUGUGCAUGAAGACAGCUAUGUAGAGACUGCUGUCGACUUUGGAAGUAUAGACAAGGUGUGGAGUUUUCUGACAGCUGUGCAGGGUGGAAGCUUUAUUUUGGCCUCUUCAAGGACCCAGCUAAUUCGAUUGAUACCUGAUAACUUAAGCAAGAUUCAUCAACAUGUCCUUCCACAGGGUCAAGGCAUGCUUUCAGGAAUUGGUCGAAGAGUUUCUUCUCUUUUAGGAAUUUUAUCUCCCAGCAGUGACCACACACUUUCCGGUGUCCUCUGGGAUAAAGAGAAGGCGAGUUAUUAUACCCUCACAAGUUCAACCCUAAGCAAAUGGGAAAUAGACAAUACUUCAGAAAGACAAGGCCAAAGUUGGGACAUAAAUAAAGCCCUUAAGGAGAACAUCACAGAUGCAAUUUGGGGGUCAGAAAGUAAUUAUGAAGAAAUCAAAGGGGGUAUCAACAUUGAAUACUUGGAUUUGCAGCAGAAUUGUGAUGGACUCGUGAUUUUAGCAUCAGCAUGGCACCCAGGAGAUAGUCCAUGUCUCACGUAUUAUUCUUUAAUAACAGUAGAGGACACUGGCUACCAACUCUCUGGGGAAGUUACUGUUGAAGUUACCCAGUAUAAUCCACCUUUUCAGUCUGAAGAACUGGUGAUGUCCCGAUUGUUGGUCCCUGAUUUUUCAAACCAGGCUGCCUAUCUCUAUGGUGAAAAUGCUGUCUUUGCCUGUUCCACAGGAACUGGAAGAUGUUCAUUACCUCAAGAGAAAAUUAUCUUCAGUGCUCAUGGAGAUAGUAUUUUGGGAGCUGGUUCCUGUGCUGGUCUUCCAGUUUUUUUCUCUAGGAACAGUGGACUAGUGGCAAUUGUUUCUAGGGAAAAUGUUUCAGUAUUACCAGAAGACCUUGAGGAUUCCUUGGCUUCUUCAGUUGCUGGACCAAAUAAUGAGAGUCCAGUUUUUGAAAACGCUACAAAAAUGGAUGUCAUAGCACAAGAAGACAAGACAAGAUUGCUAAAAGCUGCUUUUCUCCAGUACUGCAGAAAAGAUCUAGUUCAUGCUCAAAUCAUGGUUGAUGAACUGUUUUCAUCUCAUACUGAUUCGGAUUCUGACAUUGAACUAGAUAGAGCUGUGACCCAAAUCAGUGUUGACUUGGUGGAUGACUACCCAGCUUCUGAUCCACGAUGGGCUGAAUCUGUCCCUGAGGAAGCGCCAGGAUUCAGUAAUACAUCGCUUAUUAUUCUUCAUCAACUAGAAGACAAAAUGAAAGCCCAUUGUUUCCUUAUGGAUUUUAUUCAUCAAGUUGGCUUAUUUGACCGUCUGGGCACUUCUCCAUUAAGAGGGAUGCCCAUGGCAACCCGGCUGUUGCUCUGUGAACAUGCCGAAAAGUUGUCGGCUGCCAUUGUUCUCAAGAACCAUCAUUCUAGACUUUCUGACCUGGUGAAUACUGCUAUCUUAAAUGCUUUAAGCAAAAGAGAAUGUGAUGUUCCGCCAAGUCUUACUCCUGCGGAUGUCUUUUUUAGAGAGGUAUCACAGAUAGAUACCAUCUUUGAAUGUUUAUUGGAACAAGAAGAACAAAUCUUGAAAGAUACCCCAAUGGAAUCUGUUGAAUGGGCUCAGGUGGUGGUCAAUGUGAACAGCAUCCUGAAGGAUAUGCUACAAGCAGCCAGUCAGUAUCGCCAAAGUAGAAAUACCUUAUAUAGAAUGGAAGAACUCCCAGAAAAAGAACCUGAAUAUGUUCCUUGGACAGCAACAAGUGGCCCUGCUGGCAUACGAACUGCAAUAGUUCGACAACAUGGAAUUGUGCUGAAGGUGGUUUAUCCUCAAGUAGAUACCAAUCUGAGAAACAUCCUAACUGAGCAGCUUGUAGCACUAAUUGACUCUUACUUGGAUAGUUAUGUUUCUCAGCUUAAGUCUGUGGACAAACCUAGUGAUCAAGAAAGGUAUAACAACCUGGAAAUGGAGUACAUUCAGAAAAGAGCAGAUAUCUUGUCUCCUCUUCUUUCUCUUGGACAGCACCAGUGGGCUGCUUCAUUAGCAGAGAAAUACUGUGACUUUGAUAUCUUGGUUCAGAUGUGUGAGCAAACUGAUAACCAAGCCAGACUACAGCGUUACAUGACUCAGUUUGCUGAUCAGAAUUUUUCAGAUUUCCUCUUCCGUUGGUAUUUGGAGAAGGGAAAGCGUGGCAAAUUAUUAUCACAGCCCAUUUCUCAGCAUGGACAGCUAACAAAUUUUUUGCAGGCCCAUGAGCACCUCAGCUGGUUACAUGAAAUCAAUAGCCAAGACUUUGAAAAGGCUCAUACAACGCUUCUGGGCUUGGCAAAUAUAGAGACUCGUUACUUUGCAAAAAAGAAAACGCUUCUUGGCCUUAGUAAAUUAGCUGCAUUAGCUUCAGAUUUUUCAGAGGAUUUAAUUCAAGAAAAAAUUGAAGAAAUGUCUGAGCAAGAACACUUUCUGCUACAUCAGGAGACCCUACCUGAGCGGCUACUAGCUGAGAAACAGUUUAAUCUCAGUACGAUGCCAGUACUGACUGCACCACAGCUGAUCAAUCUGUACAUAUGUGAGGAAAACAGAAGAGCCAAUGAGUAUGACUUCAAGAAAGCUCUAGACUUGCUAGAAUACAUUGAUGUGGAGGAAGACAUAAAUAUAAAUGACCUCAAACUUGAAAUCCUUUGCAAAGCUCUUCAAAGAGACAAUUGGUCCAGUUCAGAUGGUAAAGAUGAUCCAAUUGAAGUAUCUAAAGACAGUAUAUUUGUGAAAAUUUUGGAGAAACUUUUAAAAGACGGUAUUCAGCUUAGUGAAUAUUUACCAGAGGUGAAAGACUUAUUACAAGCAGAAGAACUUGGAAGCUUAAAGAGCAAUCCUUACUUUGAAUUUGUUUUGAAAGCGAAUUACGAACAUUAUGUCCAGGGGCAAAUGUGAUUUCUUUUUCAAAAGCGUUAACUGUUUUUAAUGAAUUGUAUCAGUGUAUAAAUUUGGAGCAUUUUGAUCUCAUAUUGAAAAUGUUUAAAAGUUUAUGACUAGGGGCAGCUAGAGGGCACAGUGGAUGGAGCCUCUGGCAUUGGAGUCAGG